AUGGGCGCCGGUAAUUCGACCGAGACACCCAUCGUCGAGUCAGGCUACGGCGGCAGGUAUUGGGAAAGGGACUACGACACUUUAUCCAAAAAGUAUUGGGAUGCCCUGGAACAAUUGCAAAUUCUAAAUAUUCAACUGGGCGCACUCAGAACCGAGCUUCGCAAUCUAAAGGCCGAGCAGGCCGCUUCGGCAGCGGACACGGUACCAUUGAAGGACUGGAACCGGCUUGUCGCGGAUUACGACAAACUCGACGAAAAAUUGGAGCUUCAGAAAAAGUCAACGUCCGGUUCCCACCUCAGAUGGAACCAAGAAAAGCAAGCCCAUCUGGAGAAGAUGAGACAAUUAAAUGCAGAUCUAUUUACGCUUCGCGAAGUCGAGAUUCCACAUUUGAAAAGACUCCAGGCCCAGAAAAGCCAACGCAGCAUCCAGGAAAAAGAAUUAUUGACCUCAGAGAAAGUGGUCAUCUACCAGUAUAACCGAACGAAAAUUGUUAUCGAAAACAUCCCCUUUGAUUACUCACAAGAAGAGGUGAUCGACAAGUUUUUGGGAAAAGGACAACACUUGAUAUAUUGGGAUGAUAACUGGUUGCCCGAGAACGUCACCGAUGCCACAUUGCUGCUAUUCCUUCCAAGUUCUGAGCCAGGAUAUGAGAUGAAGAACGGGAGACCUCACACCGAGCGGCUGCGUACAGACAAGGGCAUAAUUGGCUUCAUCUUUUUCGAAACGGUCGGAAAAGCGCAAGCAUGCAUGAGAAUGUUCAGCAAGUACCGGCCUCCAGGCCUGCCCUAUGGUUUCAGCUACUAUGGCAAUGCCGCGCACAUCAACACGUUGUUGCACAAACACUUGAGCUUU